ACUAUAUUUACUGAACAUUGAUUUAGAAAUUGGUGAAGUUUUCUAAUCGCGAUGUGGAAAUGUUUGUAUUCGUAUAAAUAAUUUUAAAUUAACUACGUAUCGUUUUUUAAGAAGUGUUCAUUUUUAUUUUCGUUGUGCUUAGUCUAUUUAGGAGGUAGGAAAAUGUAUGUAAAUACUUUUAAACAAGUAUUAACAUGCACGGUACCUAACUAAAUGGUAACUGUACGCAAACAAGUUGUCUUUUUGGUAUAUUUGUGUGCGAACCAGUACCGCCCAAUAUCUUACGAGUUUAAUCACUAACCGUCAAGUGCGCUGUCCGUUUAAAAAGCCAGAAUCUGGAUUACAAAGAUAUAGUACAACCAUAUAAACAUAAUAUAUCGUCGACGACGAUCGAGGGUGGCAAAUAUUGACCUUUUACCCGGAUAUACACCACAUAAACAAUGGCACAACUAGCGGUUCAAUAAUACAUUUCUCGUGGAACGGUUAUUUUUCGAUCACGCACAUAUCGUGCGAGCACUGAAUAUGAAGAAAUCGUCAGGACUCAGAGUUGAACUUGAAAUACCUGAAAAUGUGAACGAUGUAGCAUUAACCAAAACAAAUUUAAAAGGAGAUUGGAUAAACUUUUUUUUGUUAUUACUACUUUACACAAUGCAAGGCUUGCCAUUAGGCAUAUCCGGGGCUAUGACGAUACUAUUACAAAGCAAGAAAAAUGUGACAUACAAAGAUCAGGCAGUAUAUAGUAUAACAAAAUGGCCAUUUAGCUUGAAACUCUUAUGGGCGCCAUUAGUAGACGCACUCUAUGUACAAAAAUUUGGAAGGCGAAAGUCUUGGUUAAUGCCUGUUCAAUAUUUAAUCGGAAUACUUUUUAUGUAUGCGGCCAGUGACAUUGAUAAUUUGUUACCUGAAACUGGAAAACCAAACAUCAAGAUUCUGACUUACAUUUUCUUCAUGAUGAACUUCUUAGCCGCCACCCAGGACAUUGUAGUGGACGGUUGGGCACUGACGAUUUUGAAAAGGAAUAACGUAGGCUAUGCGUCUACUUGCAAUGCAUCGGGACAAACAAUAGGUUCUAUGAUAGGUUCCAUGGUACUUAUUUUAUUUACAUCUGAAGAGUUUUGUAAUAAAUACUUACGAAAUACACCUGCUGUGGGUGGCAUAGUUUCUGUGAAAAGCUUAUUCUACUGUUGGGGCAUAAUUUUCAUAUUAGUAACAACUUUAGUUUGCAUACUCAAAAAAGAAAAAGAUAUUGUAUUUGAGGAUGAUCAUGAAAAAAUUAAUGUGGUUCAUAACUAUUUAUUAUUAUGGGACAUAUUAAAGUUACCUAGUAUUCAAAUAUUGUUGAUAAUAAUGAUAACUUCGAAGAUUGGAUAUGCUGUAACUGACAAUGUGUCUACCUUAAAACUCGUUGACGCAGGUGUAUCAAAAGAAGACCUAUCAAUGAUAGAAACAGUGAUGUCUGUAAUAAACAUUAUUAUAUCAUUCGUUAUAGGGAAAUACACUUCAGGUCCAAAACCGAUGAGUUUAUACUUGAAAAUUGUACCCAGCAGAUUGCUUUUGAACAUUGCAUUUGCUCUGUUUAUUUAUUAUACGCCCAAAUUGUUAUCACUUAAUGGAUAUGGAUAUACUUCAAUAUAUUACUAUCCACUUCUCAUAUUUCUAUCAUCAAUACAACAAAUUCUAAUGCACACUAUGUUUAUAUCUACAUUAGCUUUUUUUUCUCGAAUAAGUGAUUAUCGUAUUGGUUCUACUUACAUGACGUUAUUGAAUACUUUUGCAAAUUUAGCAUAUAUAUGGACGUCAACUGCUUCAUUGGGACUGAUUGAUGUGUUGUCGUUCAAAGAAUGUUCGCCAAAUAAAUGUACUACACUAAAAAAUUCUGAAUAUCCGUGUUUAAUAAGUGAAGACGAGUGUAUUGUAACAGUGAAUGGUUAUUAUGUAGAAAUGCUUAUAUGCACUAUUAUUGGAAUAAUUUGGUAUUUUGCUGCUAAAAAUACACUAAAAAAAUUUCAAACUAUGGAUUCUUCUCAUUGGCUGGUUAAUUUGAACAAAAAAGUAUCAGCCAACAGGGAAUAAAGAAAUGGGAUAUGUUGCAAUAACUGUUAUGGGUAUGACCAUUUGGACGUAACUACUUCGACGCAAGAAUUUGAAGACAUCUGUUUAGGCAUAUUUAUUUUGAGACAUAAAAUUAAUUUAAUAACUCAAAAAUUAUAAAUAUUCAAACAUAUGUUGAGCUUUACUAUUUUUAAAUAUUAACUAUGUACGAGUACAAUUAUUGAUAUUAUUUUUAUUUUAUCUUAAUUGUUUUGUUAUACUCUAUAGUCUAUACGAAAACAUAUGUUACAUAAGUAAUGCUAAUAAAAAUAAAAAAUCAUACCUGAGACUUGAGAGUGGGACAAGGCUAUCUAA